UCAUGAUCUGGCUGUGGCAGGGUCGGUUGAAGCGGAUGGGGUCAGAGGCGGGCUGCACGUUGACAGCUGGAGCAUAAGGAAACAUCGCAGUCAAGCUGGCAGACGCGUUUAUUUUCAGCCAAAGACAUGUUCGCCAAAGGUAAAGGGACCGCGGUGCCAUCGGACGGGCAGGCUCGGGAAAAAUUGGCGUUAUAUGUCUAUGAAUAUUUGUUGCACGUGGGAGCUCAGAAAUCAGCACAGACGUUUUUAUCAGAGAUAAGAUGGGAGAAGAACAUAACCCUUGGUGAACCGCCAGGCUUUCUGCACUCUUGGUGGUGUGUGUUUUGGGACCUGUACUGCGCAGCACCUGAGCGAAGGGACACAUGUGAUCACUCCAGUGAAGCGAAGGCCUUCCACGACUAUAGCGCAGCUGCAGCCCCAAGUCCAGUCCUGGGCAACAUGCCCCCCGGUGACGGAAUGCCAGGCGGCCCCAUACCUCCUGGAUUCUUUCAGGGACCACCUGGUUCCCAACCCUCCCCUCACGCUCAGCUCCCUCCAAACGCUAACAUGAUGGCCACGCACGGACAGCCAUUUAUGUCUCCUCGCUAUGCUGGAGGACCUCGGCCGCCCAUGAGAAUGGGAAACCCGCCUCCAGGUGGGCAACCUUUACCUCCAAAUAUGAUGGACCCUACAAGACCAACAGGCCAUCCAAGCCUGGCAUCCAUGCAGAGAAUGAACGCUCCUCGAGGAAUGGGCCCGAUGGGACCGGGACCACAGUCUGACCCUUGGUUAUCAUUACAGAACUACGGCGGAGGAAUGAGGCCUCCAAACUCUAUGGGCCCGGGUAUGCCUGGAGUAAACAUGGUAGCAGGAGCUGGCAGACCGUGGCCGAAUCCUAAUAAUGGAAACACGAUAUCAUAUUCCUCCUCAUCCCCUGGAACAUAUGUGGGUCCUCCAGGAGGAACAGGAGGUGGUGGGUGUCCACCAGGAACACCUAUAAUGCCAAGUCCAGCAGACUCCACUAACUCAGGUGAAAACCUCUACACAUUGAUAAACUCAGUCCCACCAGGAGGAAACAGAUCCAGUUUUCCUAUGGGUCCGGGGUCAGACGGUCCAAUGGGAGGACUGGAGCCACAUCAUAUGAAUGGAUCAUUAGGUUCAGGUGACAUUGAUGGACUCACAAAGAACUCUCCUAAUAAUCUGAGUGUCCUGAGCAACCCUCCAGGAACACCACGAGACGACGCUGAACUGAGCGGAAGCUUCCUGCACUCCUUCCAGAAUGAAAACUACUCGCCAACAAUGACUAUGAGUGUGUGAAGGACCAACUCCAGCUCCAAUUCCAGGGACCAACUUCAACAAGACCCAGAGUGAGUCAAACCUGACACUUAAAACCAACCAAAUCCUGCCGCAGCUGUGGAUGAACCGGGCGCUCCUCGUUCCAGCAUGAAUAGAUGAACUCUGCUUACAGGAAGGACCUGUUUGAGACGGGAGCUCCCCCCCCUCCCUCCUUUUACACCUCUUUUACAUUUUCGUAUUGUUUUAUCAGAUGCCCCCACAGGACAAGACAUGAGUUUGUUUCUUUUCGUUAAGUUGAUCGGGACCAUGACAACAUUACACUGUGGAUGUAGUGCUGCAUACUAGAGCUUCUUCAGCGCAGACACUGCGUCUGUAUCACAUUCCAUUAGAGUAUUUUAGGAUCUAGUCUGAUAUUUAAAAAAAGAAACAUGUUUGUCUCUGUAAUGGCUACCUUGACAAUGGCUUACUCCAGAGGAAUGGCUUGGGCUACAGCAGAUGAAACACACUGAUAGGUGUGGCAGUUAAUCUACAGUCCUUCAUUCCUUUCUGACGCAUACUUGGGAACACAAAGGACUGUUAGCAAAAUGUUUCUCCGUCUUGAUGUUUUCUAAUUAUGGAUUUUAUUGCUGAAGUCUUUUAAUAACAGCAGUGACACCUACUAUAAGACAAUUUUUGCAUAGAUUGACAUUAUUUAUGUAAUAGUUUGCCCAAAAAUGAAAACUGAGUGACCGUUUAGAAUGUUCACUUUUUUAAUUAAAGGUUUGGUUCGAUUAAACUAAAUUCUUUGACAUUACUCUGUUACUAUGCAGAUUAUUUAAAGGGAUAGUACUCCCAAAAAUGAAACUUCCUCACCAUUUACUUGAGUGCUUCUAAGCUUCUUCCUUCUGUUGAACACAAAACCUUUCUGAAGAAAGUUAGAGAGAAUAAAACAGCCAUUGAGAUCCAUUUUAGGAAGAAAAAAUACUAUGGAAGUCAAUGGCUGGCUGCUUUUUUCCAACAUUCUUUAGUAUAUGCUGGUCUUUGUGUUCAGCGGAAGUAACUCAAACAUGUUUGGAACAAGUGGAGAGUGAGUAAAUGAUGACAGAAUGUUCAUUUUCCAACAUUCAGGCUCCAAACAAGCAGCUCAGGAACACAAAAUAACUGAAAACAAACCCGUUUCUGUCUGCUAGCAGGUUAACUCCACUUGCAAACAAACACGGGUGUUGUUGGCUUGAAAUAUGAAUGCAAAACAGACCAAAGACAUCUAAAAAGAAAUAAAAUAGGACAAGAUGUAGUUGAUGACAUCCUAAAAAUAGUGAUCAAGCAUACUUUUUUUGUAAUAGUCGUAGUGUUGCUCUGCAGUUUAAUAUAGGGAUAAGAAAUCCAUCCUUGCAGCAGAUCUUUGUGUUUGACUUUUUAAAUGCAAUUUUGACACAUUUAAUUAGCUUUGAGUGGAUAAAAAAUAACCGUAUCUAUGAUUAAAGCACAGAUCAUUGUUUUAGAAGUUCGAUAAGCAUCAUAAAAGCAAGUUUUUUCUUUAUGUUAGUAAGGGCACAUUGUCAAUCAAAGUGUUUUGUGCAGCUGAAAAACUGUCUGAGCAUUUUAAAAACCGCGGAGCGCUCAGAACUUUGGUAAUACUGACACGCAGUGCCUCUCUAAGCUGCUGGCACAUUGAAAACAACUGAAAAAUGCUUCGGUGGACAUGUGCCCUAAUUAAACCAGGGUCAAAUGUUAAUUUUCCAUAAUGGUCCAGACCAAACAAACCAAGAAUUAAACUACAAGUGUGAACACACCAUUACUCUCCCUGGAUUUGUUCUAAUGCUGUAAGGCAGUGUUUCUCAACUACGUUACUGGAGCACCACCAGCUCUGCACAUUUUCCAUGUCUCCCUAACCAAACACACCUGAGUCAGAUCAUCAGCUUUUUAGCAGAUACUAAAAGACUUGUAAUGAGACAAAGGAGACAUCCAAAACAUGCAGUGUUGGUGGGCCUCCAGGAACGUGGUUGAGAAACACUUCUGUAAGGCUUUCCAAAAAAAGGCUACACAGAAUGUUUCCAUGCAUCAUACACUAUAUUUCAAAUGCUCUGGUUGUAUGUUGGGCUCUGGGGCAAACCAAUUUAAUUUAAUAACUAAAAUUCUGACCUUUUAUCAUUUGUUUUUGUCCAGGACUGCAUGCUCAUGAGACUCUGUUAUAGCAUUAAUGUUUUCAAAGAAUACUUUGAAAGUAAUAAUCUGUAGAAAUCCUAAUAAAACAGCCCAUGCAGUUAUUUUAAUUGCAUAUUAAAUAUAUCUUCAGUACAGUGUACGUUUUAGGAUAUCCUCAGACCUGUCAUAUGACAAAGCAUCAUGUCUCAUCAUUUCAGGCAUCCUCAAUGUCAGGUAUCAGGUCUUGUACAAUUAGACAUCCGGCAAAAUGAACUCAGACGAAAGGUAGGCUAUCCGACAAAAAGACAUCAGGUAAAACAGACUCUGGUAAAGAGUCCAUUUUGCCUUAUGUCUUUUUGUCUGAUACCUUUUCAUCCGACUCUGUUUUGCCUGAUACCUCCCUGCUGAAAAAAGAGCUAGCUGGUUGGCUGAUAUUAAAUUGUAAACCAGCCUGGUUUUAGAGUUUUGGCCAUUUACAGCCUGGUCUUAGCUGGUCAGGCUGGGAGAUGAUAAGCUAAAACCAGCUUGAUUUAAGCUGGACAUGGCUGGGCUCCCAGGCUGGCUAGGCUGGUCAAGCCGGUUUUAGCUGGUCAUCUCCCAGCCUGACCAGCUAAAACUAGGUUGGAAAUGGCCAAACCCCUCUAAAACCAGGCUGGUCGACUAGCUAAAACCAGCCUAGGCAGGUUUAAGCAGUUUUUUAGUAGGGCUAACAUUGUUUUUUUUUCUGAGACCAGAAGCCUUUCAGUCUAAGAAACUAUGCCUGAAAUAAUGAGGCAUGACGCCUUGUCAUUGUAUGACUGAAGUCUGAGGAUGUCCUGAAAUGUACACUGUACUACGGUCUGUGACUCAUCAGAAUGUUGACUUAAAUGUAAUAACUUACACUUUUUGCAGCAAACACAACAGAUAUACAUACCUCAGAGAAGAAAAUAAGAGUUGUAUUUCUAUUUAUUUUGAUUUUCUCAUGACUUGUGUGCAUCCAGAUUCUAUUGACUUGUUCUGGGUGAGUUGGAGUGAACUGCCUCACUGAAUAAAAUUCCAUCUGAAAGCUCACUAGGAAGAUUUUUGCUCACGCUUAUCAUCAGUGUUUCUCAAAACAUUUUUCAGAAAUCAUACACAAUCAACUUUCACUAAGGAAAAAAACAAGUCUGAGGCUUUUUUUUUUUUUUUAAUGGCGCUUUUGUGUGUCAUGGUGUGCUCGCUCAUUCUGUAGUCACGAGGCGUUAAAUGUCAGUGAUAAACACAAGCGUAAAUUGUCCUGGUGUGCUGUUUAGCCUUUUUUUCCCCCCUAACCAACCCCUAUCAUUUCCCUCCAGAGUUCUUUGCAAUAUGCCAUGUAAUUCAUGGGACCAUUCGGUAAUACUCAAUGUUCAUUAUAUGGACGAGUGCAAGAAAGAUAUUUUUUUUCAAUUACCAAAAAGGCUUAUACAGCAUUAGAACACUGCCAGUGUGAAUAAACGCUGACUGAGUUUUCAUUGUUGGGUGAACUAUACCUUUAAGAGUUUUCAGGUGGGAGUUCAGCCAAACAAAAUAUUUCAUCUUGUUCCACUGACUUAGUUUUCAUUUUCUUGUUGAAUUGUGUUUUCACCCAUUCCUGUUUGCUUUUAGUCACCGUUGAAGAAGUGCUGCAAACGCCCAGAGGACACUUAUUUAUAACAGUUUCUCUACUCUAGUCUGCCAUGAUGCUGUACAGCCACACUUUAGUCAUGUUAUACCAUGUUGUUUAGCCUUUACAAUGUAUAUUACGUUCUUUGGAAGACAGUAAAAUGACUCGUGUAAUUUUUAUGAUUAAAUUAUUUUUCUGUUCA